AUGACUACAUCAACAGCGACAACAAGACCAAAUUUGUUAUCUGUUCCUGAAACAUUUUCAGACGGUGAUUUUGGACUGUGGUUACGAAAGUUCGAGCUGUGUUCGACGGCAAAUGGUUGGAAAGAGGAUGAAAUGUUGAAGCGUUUACCGACGCUAUUAUCGGGCAAAGCGUUUGUAGUGUUCGAGCGGCUUGGAGACGACAAGAAGGAAGAUUUUAAAGUCCUGAUAGCAGCGAUAAAGGAAGCGUUCGGCGGCGAUGAAACAAGCAAACAUAUUGCUAUGAUGGAGUUUCGUCGACGUGCGCGCAAGCCUGGAGAGGACAUUCAAGUUUUCGCGUAUCGGUUGGAAACAUUGCUCAGCCGAGCGAUCCCUAAUAUCGGGAAUGACGAGAAAGAUACGCUUUUAAAACAACAAUUUAUUGAAGGAUCGUCUCCUGCGCUAAAACGGAAGCUACUGCACAGACCGAGCCUGAAAUACGAGGAGACCGUCAAGAUUGCACAACAAUUAGAUUUGACACCCGAGCUGUCAAGUCCAAAUGCUGAUCAUGAUGUGAACCUGACGAGAGUUCAGAGAGAGAACGUAUCUAGCAGCGAGUCAACAGUGGUGCGCCAGUUAAAGGAAAGCGUUGAGGUCCUCACCGAAAAGGUUAACCAACUUUCCGCAUCGGUAAAUAACAUCAGCGAAGUGGCAGCGAUACGAACGGAGAACCCCCGUCGUGGUAGAGCUUGUUAUAACUGCGGCGGAUUUAACCAUAUCGCGAACGAAUGUCGACAACCCAAGCGAAGAAAUGAUCGUAGAAGAAAUGACCCUGGGCAACGCCGGAACGAGAAUUACUGCUUUGUGUGUGGUGACCUCGGACAUUUUGCCCGUGAUUGUCAAUAUCGGUAUCAAGCCCCACAACAACGACACCAGAGAAACUACCAAGGGCUGACCCGCUAUUAGGCCUGGGGUCAGCCCGUGAAGACAACGCCAUUCCAAUAAACAGUGUCUCGCCAACUGCAGUUUUUAUUAAAGCUACAUUAGGUGGACACCUGCAACGUUGUCUCGUAGAUACGGGAGCAACUGUGUCACUGGUAAACAAGAAUAUUGUCCAAGGACACAUACGGGAAUGUAAAUUGAGGGCACGAGGAGUUGGUGGAGAGAACUUGCACGUGAUUGGCAUGACUGAUAUUCAUGUAAGAGUGAACGGUUUAAAUGUAGUCCACACUUUUGUGGUAGUAAAUAUGCAGAACCAGUGUAUCUUCGGCGCCGAUUUCUUGAAAGCGAACGGAAUGGUUGUUAAAUAACAUUGCACAGGAACUUUUGUCAUGGGACUCGGGGGAGACGCGACUGCUUAUUGAAGCAGCUGCGCCAACUAUCAACAAAUUAUCGGUUCUGCUGGAGAAAUAUGCAGACGUGUUUGUAAAUGGACCGGAUGAUCCUUUGGGACGGAGUAAUGAUGCUGAACAUUCUAUUGACACUGGGGACAGUCGACCAGUCAAACAACGACCAUACAGAAUACCUGUCCAUUUAAACAAAGUGGUGAAUAAUCAAGUUGAUGAAAUGCUUGCUCGAGGUCUCAUUAGGCCAAGCGACAGCCCGUGGUCCUCUCCAAUUGUAAUUGUGAUUAUCGUUUCUGUGUCGAUUUUCGGCGUUUAA